CUGGGUCCCUAGGGCGCGCGCCCUCGGCCUGCCCGGCCCGGGCCCUCCCGCCGGCUCCACCUGCGCGCUGGGUCUCGGGAUGUGCCCGUCCGAGAUGGGGACGCUGUGGCACGUGUGGUCUCCCGUGCUCAUCGGCCUGGCCGCCCUUUCCUCCGAAGUGACCGAGAGCCGGGGCAUCCUUGAGAGCAUCCAGAGGUUCUCCCUGCUGCCCACCUACCUGCCGGUCACCUACCACAUCAACAACGCCGACGUGUCCUUCUUCCUGAAGGAGGCCAACCAGGACAUCAUGCGCAACUCCAGCCUGCAGUCCAGGGUCGAGUCCUUCCUCAUCUACAAAUCCAAGCAGCUGCCGGCGCUCAACGCCAGCUAUGGGCCCUUCUCCAUCGAGCAAGUGGUGCCCCAGGACCUGCUGCUGCCCGCCAACCCCUUCGGCUUCACCAACACGUUUUCCCUGAACUGGAAGCUGAAGGCCUCCAUCCUGCGGGAGAAGAUCUACCCCAGCCGUCCCAAGGUGCAGGUCCUCUUCCACCUGGUAGGCCGGGACUGGGACGACGCGCGGCCUGCGGAGAGGCUGCCCUGCCUGCGCGUCUUCGCCUUCCGGGAGACCCGGGAGGUGCGGGGCAGCUGCCGGCUCGCCGGGGACCUGGGCCUGUGCGUGGCGGAGCUGGAGGUCCCGGCCGCGUGGUUCAGUGCCCCGACGGUGGUUGCCGGGAGGAGGAAGGCCGCGGAGCAGCCCGAGGGCAGCCCGGUGGAGCUGUACUACUCCAUGCAGCCGGGGGACGCGCGUUGGGACUGCGCCCAGGAGGACCGGUGGAGGACCGACGGCAUUCGGACAGGUCACAAUGACAUCGAUGAGUCUGGGCCGCCCUUGCACAGAAUCGGGAGUGUCUUCCUCUACCAGACCCACGGCAGCCCCACCCUGAAGGAGCUGCGACUGGACAGCAAUGUCGCCGUGCACUACGUCCCCAAGACGGCUCGACAGGGCGACGUGCUCACCUUCCCCAUCUUGGUCUCGAGAAACUGUACAGAGGACCGUUUUACGCUGAGGGCCAAGGUGAAGAAAGGCGUGAGCAUUGCCGGGGUGAGGGCCAGCAGCCCCUCCAUCUGGGACGUCAAGGAGAGCUCGGAGUCCGCCGGGAAGUACGCACCCGCUGUCAUAGUGUGUCACAAGAAAUCUGCUGCCUCGGCAAACGGUGCAGACAGCAGCUCCGAGGAAGUCAUGCAGGUCGAUGUGGAGGUCGAAGAUCCCAGCGACCCUCCAGCCACACAGCUCGUCACGUGGCAGGUGGAGUAUCCCGGAGACAUCACCUCUGACCUGGGCGUGUCCGAGAUCUACGUCCGUCAGAAGGACUUGGUUGGAGUGAUCCCACUGGCCAUGGAGGCGGAGAUCCUGAACACGGCCAUCCUCACGGGGAAGACGGUGGCCGUGCCGGUGAAGGUGGUCUCGGUGGAGGAGGACGGCGCGGUGACCGGGCUGCUGGAGUCCGUGGAGUGCAGGUCGUCUGACGAAGACGUGGUUAAGGUGUCUGACAGAUGUGACUACGUCUUUGUCAAUGGGAAGGAGAUGAAAGGCAAGGUGAAUGUGGUGGUCACCUUCUCCUACCAGCACCUGGUCAGCCCCCUGGAGAUGACAGUGUGGGUACCCCGGCUCCCACUGCAGAUUGAGGUGUCAGACACAGAGCUCAACCAGAUCAAGGGCUGGAGAGUCCCCAUUGUCUCCAACAAAAGGCCAGUGCGGGACAGCGAGGAGGAGGACGAGGAGGAGCGGCGGGGCCGCGGCUGCGCGCUGCAGUUCCAGCGGGCCAUGGUGCGGGUCCUGACACAGUUCGUGGCCGAGGCGGCCGGCCCUGGAGGACAGCUGGCCCACCUGCUGGGCCCCGACUGGCAAGUGGACAUCACAGAGCUGAUAAGCGACUUCAUGCAGGUGGAGGAGCCCAGGAUCGCCCAGCUGCUAGGGGGACAAGUCCUGACCGGGCAGGAGCUGGGCAUGACCACCAUCCAGAUCCUGUCCCCUCUGUCAGACGCCAUCCUGGCUGAGAAGACCAUCACCGUGCUGGAUGAGAAGGUGACCAUCACAGACCUCGGGGUCCAGCUGGUGACGGGACUGUCCCUCUCCUUACAGCUCAGCCCAGGGAGCAACAGAGCCAUCUUCGCCACCGCGGUGGCGCAGGAGCUGCUGCAGAGGCCCAGACAGGAAGCAGCCAUCAGCUGCUGGGUGCAGUUCAGCGACGGCUCUGUCACACCCCUGGACAUCUAUGACGGGCAGGACUUCUCACUGGUGGCCACGUCCUUGGAUGAGAAGGUGGUCUCCAUCCACCAGGACCCCAAGUUCCAGUGGCCGGUCAUCGCCGCCGAGACAGAAGGCCAGGGCGCACUGGUGAAGGUGGAGAUGGUCAUCAGCGAGACGUGCCAGAAGUCCAAGCGCAAGAGCGUGCUGGCCGUGGGAACGGCAAAUGUCCGAGUGAAAUUUGGCCAAAACGACGCCAACCCCAACGCCAGUGACAUCCGGCAGGCUGGGUCAGCGGGUCACCUGGAAGAUGGCAUCGGUGACAGGAGGUCCAGCAAGCCCCUGCCGGAGUGGCGGGCCCCAGAAGGGCAGUUCCGCAGCAGCUCGUCCUCUGUGGGCCUCAGGGAGGGGUGGGGCGGCACCACGCAGAGGCCGACCUCCCCCCGGAAACAGGGCCAGGGCAGCGUGCUGGAGGACGGCGGCCACCUGCAGACCAUCGCGGUGGACCUCACCAGCUUCCCCGAGGCUGACGUCCCCAGGAGUGACGCGGAGAUGGAGGAGGGUGACUCCUCACAGGCGACCAAGGGCCUGAGCGACCUGGAGAUCGGGAUGUACGCCCUGCUGGGUGUCUUCUGCCUGGCCAUCGUGGUCUUCUUGAUCAACUGCGUGACCUUCGUGUUGAAGUACAGGCACAAGCAGGUCCCCUUCGAAGAGCAGGAGGGGCUGAGCCGCUCACACGACUGGGUGGGGCUGAGCCACCGGACAGAGCUGCUGGACAACCAGGCGGCCUUCGCCUCCUGCCCCGAGGAGCAGGUCACUGCGCUCGGCCGGGGCGUGGACUUCGAGGAGAGCAAGUACCUGCUCCUCAGCACAGACUCCCAGCCCGGCCCCAAUGGGCCGCUGUUCGCACCUGUGGGGACCACACUCGCAGAGGGCAAAGGGCAGCGGAGCGAGCCCCCUGUGUCCCCUACCUCGAAAAGGAAAAGAGUGACGUUUACCACCUUCACGGCCGUCGCUCCGGACGACGGGAGCCCAGCCGAGAGCGCCAUCAUCAUGAGCAGGGAAGACGACAUCAAGUGGGUCUGCCAGGACCUGGACCCCGGGGGACCCCCGGACCCACCCGGCUGCUUGGAGCGGCUGCGCGAGGAGGUGUAAGCCGGGGCCGCGCUCUGUUUCACUCACCUUUCGGCCUUUAAUUUGGUACGUGUGGCCGCGGCCCACCCUGGGAAGGGAGGGGUGAUGCCGGCAGUGGAGGCCCAGGAAAUGCCACCCGCUGGGGUGGCACUACACAUGUCCCAGAGGAGGACAUCUGCUCAACGUGAAGAGGUCGAUUGUGCAUGGCGAGAUUUUCAAAACUCGGAACCAAAAUGCGUUCUGAAUCGCCGCACUCCUGAGAGUUCCUGGGAAAUGGUAGUGUCUCCCUCUGUCUGUCAUCAAAGAAAUUUGGAUUUAUACAAUCCACACUGCUCCAGUGUUCAGAGCGGCAGCUACGGAAGCAAAGCGGGCUGAGCAUCACCAGGGCAGGAAGUGUGAGUGGGCCUGGGGCUCUGGUCAGCGCCGGGAGGUGAUGGUCUCCCAAAGACCGGGUCAAAGCUGGCCCGGGAAACUGCAGAGGAAGGACCAAGACGGGACAAAUGGACAAACAGGCCACAGCCAUCUGUACAACCACAGACCAAGGACACACACACUGGAGGCUCCUCUGAGGGAGAGCCAGGGCAGGCUCCUGUAAACUGAGGUCCCUGGCGGGUGGGGUGUUUCCAUCAGGAGUGAAGAACUGAGCUCUUUUCAGCAGGCUCAGCUGUGCGGAGUGCACACCUCGACGCCCCUCCCCCUUCCCGAAGCUGUGGGUCCCUUGGGUGGGCGGUGUCCCGCAUGCACCCCGCCUGUCUGUUCCCCUGGGAUCCGUGUCAACUCCAGGGGCCGUCCCUCGGGAAAGCCUGAGACCUCAGUCAACGAGGGGACUCGUUUUGGGGGGUGACCUGUGUUCACGGUGGGUCCAACCCAAGCCGUGAGCCUCGUGCUGCUGGCUGCUUCUCUGGAGGGAAGCGGGCUGUGGGGUGUCGGGUCUGUCACCCCUCCUGAGGACAGCCCGGUCUGGGAACUUGCCCGGGGCUGUGAGGCAGAUCCAGCUCAGAGGGGCGCGGGGUGUCAGGGCUGGGUGUCUCGGAAGUGACACGGGACAGGCUACGUGCCCGCAGGCUUGGUCCGGUGCCCUGGGAUGGUGGAGCGGAGGGCACAGCGGGCCAGGCCCUCCAGAAAGCCCCGCCGGGAGUCAGAGCGAUCUGGGGCUGGUGGCGGCAGUGGGGGGACAAGCAGGGAGGCGGAGCUGGGCUAGACGUGCGGGAGAGGGGUCAGUCCUCCUCUCUGCCUCCUGCAGCUGCCUCCCUUCCUGUCUUUCCAGCUCCCCUCUGGGUCCCUGCGCCAUCUCUGCCUCCGCGCCCUCCCUGUGGGUGCUCUUCCUGUCCCCACGUCCCGCCCUUCCUCCUCUGCCCUGCUCCUCUUCUCCUCCCUUCUCUUCCAGCUCUCCUUCCUCCCCGCCCUGCUCCUUCCCUCCUCCUCAUGCCCCCUCCGUGCCAGCUCGGUGAGCGGUGACAGUGACCGUGUCCCACAGGAGCCGCCCGCCUCCCUCUGGCCCUCCUCUCCCCUCCGGCGUGGUGCUGCUGGGCGCUGAGAGCUCCUGCCCGGCCCAGGCCCCGGGUCUGCUCCCCUCCUGUGACAGCCCUCUCCCCGCUCCUCUCCUUUCUCCGAGUGACAUCGUUGCCGAGGAACACCGCCUGCUCGGACCACUGCCCCCGCGCGAGCCCCUGCGUGGACACCGGAAGCGUGCGAUGUACAUUUAUAGCUGCCCUGCUGUCCAGACAUAAACGUGCAC